UUUGCCCAUAAUGCUGCAGUUUCAAAAGCUGGAAUUGGGGAAAUGGUUGCUUGCCGGCGGCCCAAAGAAGAAAAAUCUACCUCUGACUUCAGUCACUGUAUCCACUGUCAAGGUCUGUACAACAGAAAGACCCUAUGGAGACACAUGCGAACAUGCCCCCAGAACCCCACAAAUGAAAAACACACAGUUGGACAGAGGAGAGUUCAGUCACUCAUCAGCUUGAGCCUUCCUCCACCAGCGGAUGUUAGCAAAAGCGUAUGGACCAUUGCUUGUGAGAUGGUGAAUGAUGAAGUUUCAGAUGUUGUAAAAAAAAAUAGAUACAUUCUUCUUUUAGGGGAGCAGAUGUACAACAGGCUGAAGUCACAUUCAGGAAGAAAUAACUAUGUUAAACAAAAAAUGAGGGAAGUAGCAAGGCUUCUCAUCACUGCCAGAUCACUGACACCCAUUCAUAAUAUAGAGGACUUCAUCCAACCCUGCAAUUUUUCUCAUGUUAUAAAAGCAGUAAGAGCAGUCGCUGGAUUCAGUGAGGAGACAAACACCUACAAGAUACCAUCACUGGCACUGAAGCUUGGACACAGCUUGGUGAAGAUUGCCAACUCGGUGGAAUGCAAUGCACUGAUGUCAGGACGCGAAGCCGUUGCAGAGUGUGCACGAAAUUUCAGACGUUUGUAUGAAAGCAAGUGGAAUGAUGUAGUGUCUGCAGCUGCACUGACUACUCUGGGUGAAGCUAAAUGGAAUAAGCCACAAGUCCUGCCAUUUACAGAGGAUGUCAGAACACUGCACACAUUUCUAUACUCAAAACAGCAAGAGUUUGUGAACGCCCUACAAGACAAACCUACUAGCAAAAACUUUGCCAAUCUUUGCAAAGUAAUGCUGACACAGAUCGUCAUUUUUAACAGAAGAAGAGAGGGUGAAGUGUCCAAGAUGGAAAUCCAGUCUUACACGUCUAGAGAUCAAACACCAAUGCACAAAGAUAUCGCAGCUGGGCUCAGUGACUUUGAGAAAAAGCUUUGUAGUUAUUUUCAAAGAGUGGAAAUACGUGGUAAGAGAGGGAGAAAAGUACCAGUGUUGCUGACCCCUGAUAUGGUUGUGGCUGUGGAUUUCCUUAUAAGAAUGAGAGAAAGGUGUCAAGUUCCUGUUGAAAACAAGCAUUUAUUUGCUCGUCCAGGUGCUCUGUCUCACUAUCGGGGUGCAGACUGCAUUCGCCUGUAUGCCAAAGAAAGUGGAGCAAAGCAUCCAGAAGCCCUUUGCUCAACAAAGCUACGUAAGCAAGUUGCCACGUUGUCCACAGUAUUAAACCUUAAAGACAAUGAGAUGGAUCAAUUAGCCAACUUCCUUGGCCAUGAUAUUAGAGUUCAUCGGGAGUUCUACCGCCUCCCUGAAAGCACUUUACAGCUUGCAAAGAUUAGCAAGGUCUUAAUUGCUAUGGAAAAAGGGAGACUGCCCGAACUCCAGGGCAAAGGAUUAGAUGGCAUAACAAUAGAUCCUCAAGAUGAAAUGGAUGUCUCCAGCAACAGUUCCAGUGAUGAGGCAGAACUGCAAACUUCAAGUUGCAGAAGUCAAGAGAAUGAGGAUCAUAUGAAUGCAGGCAACCUGCAAGACGAGGGACCUCAAGAUGAGGGACUCGAGGUGUCUUCAAAGAAAAAGGCAAAAAUGGGCUCCCAGAAAGCACAUGUGGGUAGACCUAAAUCCCCCUCCAUUGUAGACUUGGAUGUUGCCCAUCUCAAACCAGGUCCAAAAGUCAUUGUGAAAAGGAAGUGGUCAGAAGAGGAGGUCAAUGCAGUUGAAAAACAUAUGCUGCAUUUCAUACACAGCUGUAGAGUUCCUGGGAAAGCAGACUGUGUCUCGUGUCUGUUGGCCGAACCUCAUGCACUAAGAAACAGAGAUUGGUCUGCUGUUAAGUUUUAUGUAAAUAACAGAAUUGCUGCUUUGAAAAGACAACAGAGUCGGUAGGAGAGAUUUUUCUUUACACAUAUAUGCUGUUUUUAGUGUUGUCACGAUACUGGAGUUUGAUACCAAUUGGUACUGAAAUUUUAAAAACGUCCAUUUCCAUGCUCAACAGAAAUGACUGUGAUUGGCCGUGAAGGUCAUCAGUUCAUCGAACUCACCGCUGUUUACUAAGUGUAACCACAGAUACAGGGACACUGGAGCGUUGUAAAGCUGUGAAGAUCGGCUGGUCUGUCUGAGCUGACAUACGAGCGAUCCGAUGAUGAAUCGACUGAUCUUCGUGGUUUUAAAAGGCUCCAGUGUCCCUGUA